AUGCCGCAACAUGCACGAAGCGGACUCUCCUUCGCCUUGACAGCCGCCUUCUUGGCCUUGACUUCCAUUUUCGCCGCCAUAUAUACAUUUGGUCUUCCUGAACUUGAUUACUGGCACUGGAGAGCUUCUUAUGAUCCUCUCAGAAACUAUCCUUCGUCACAAAAUGUCGUCGGCUCCUUCACCGGACCAUCCGCCUCGGAUGACUACCUCGUCGGCGUCGGCAAGGCUGAUAUCACCGGCCCUGUCGUCGAGAUUAAUCUUAUGGGCUAUGCUGACCCUGCACAACUUGGUUCUGGUCUGAGGCAGCGUCUUUACUCUCGUGCUUUCAUCCUUGGUGACACAGAAAGUCCUCGUGAUCGCUUCGUCUACCUUGUCUUGGACACUCAAUCUGGAGAUACUGCCGUUCGUAAUGGUAUUCUGGAAGGCCUCAAAGACCUUGGUCCUGAGUAUCGAUUCUAUGGAAGACAGAAUGUCGCUGUGACUGGAACUCACUCUCACUCCGGUCCCGGCGCUUGGUUAAACUAUCUGUUGCCUCAGAUUACUAGCCGAGGUUUCAGUCAACAGAGUUACCAAGCCAUUGUUGAUGGUGCUCUUGAAUCUAUCAAGCAGGCCCAUGAAUCACUGAGUUCUGGUCAACUCUCUGUUGCUUCUGUUGAUAUCGAGGAUGCAAACAUCAACCGCAGUCCUUAUGCCUACCUUGCCAACCCUGAAGAAGAACGCAACAAGUACGACCACAAUGUCGACAAGACUUUGACUAUUCUCAAGCUACGUAGAAACAGCGACAAGAAGGAUAUCGGUGUCUUGACUUGGUUCCCUGUCCACGGUACCUCCAUGUUGGGCAACAACACCCUAAUCACUGGUGACAACAAGGGUGUUGCAGCAUACCUCUUCGAGAAGCAUGCUGCUCAGCUAGACUCUACAGCUGAUGGCUUUGUUGCUGGCUUCUCACAGGCCAAUGUUGGAGACACGUCUCCAAACAUCAACGGCGCUUACUGUGAAUCUGGUCCUGAUGAGGGCAAGCAAUGUGACUUCAAGACGAGUCUGUGUGCUGGCAAGAAUGGGCCUUGCCACGGACGUGGUCCUCAUUGGGGACUGGAUGACGCAGGUACUGCUUCUGCAUGGGAGAUUGGUCGCAGACAAUAUCUUGGUGCUCGCUCAGCCUAUGAGUCCAUGGUUGCCAAGUCUACCUCCACACCCAUCCAGGGCAGUGUCGUUCGCUCUCUACACACUUUUGUCGACAUGUCGAACCAAACUGUCAUCUUGCGCAACGGCUCAAUGGCCCACACAUGUCCAGCAGCCAUGGGUUACUCAUUUGCUGCUGGUACAACCGACGGUCCUGGUGCCUUUGACUUCAAGCAAAACAACCCUGGUGACCCCAAUGCAAGCCCAGUCUGGGCUGUCGUUCGUAAUAGCCUGCACUCACCUGGGCCGGAGCAAAUGGCUUGCCAGGCCCCCAAACCGAUCUUGCUUGACGUAGGCGAAACUGAGAAGCCCUACCUUUGGACACCCAACGUCGUCGACAUCCAGCUCUUACGCGUCGGUCAACUUCUUAUCAUCGUCGCUCCUGGAGAAGCCACCACGAUGGCAGGACGACGCUGGAAAGGAGCUUUACAGAGUCAUGCUCUCUCUGCUUGGGAUGAGUCGCCAAACGCGGCGGAUCCUCUAGUCGUCCUGGGUGGACCAGCGAACACAUAUGCACACUACAUAGCUACCGAAGAGGAAUACUCUAUUCAACGCUAUGAGGGUGCGUCCACACUAUAUGGCCCACAUACUCUGGCCGCUUACAUCAACAUCACACUCCACCGACUGCCCUACCUCUCUGCUUCUACAGUAUCAAACUCACCAUUAUCGCCACCAUCUCAUCCUUCUCUGCCGACGUUAGAGUUGGGCCCUGAUCCUCCCAUCCACACAAAUAGCUCGUUGAGUUUCAUCUCGCCGGUAGUCUUCGACCGCGCGCCUCUAUUCAAAUCCUUUGGCGAUGUGGUCACCGAUGUUUCGUCUCGCUACGCCAUCUCUUCAUCCCCUGUCGUCAAAGCGUCAUUCGUAGCUGCCAACCCCCGCAACAAUCUUCGUCUCGGAGGCACAUUUGCCGCAAUCGAAAAGUACACCAACCAAGGCACUUGGGAGAUUGUCAGAAACGACGAAGACUGGAGUUUAGUAUUCGAGUGGGAGAGAACAAGUACCACAGUCGGCACUUCUCAAGUAACCAUUUCUUGGGAGCUUGGGUGGGAAAUUGGAGAAUGGGGUCGUGUUGAUGUGAAGAAUGAGGGAAAUGAAGAUUUGGAGCUUGAACUUGAGUUGCAGAAGAGACAAGAUGUUGAAGAACAAUUGAAGGGAAGGUAUCGUAUUAGAUACUUUGGAGAUAGCAAGGGGAUUGGAGGAGAGAUUGGAGCGUUUGAGGGGACGAGUGGGGAGUUUGAACUUGUUUGA